GUUAGUUGUCAGUUUCCGUUAAUAAUGAUAUAUACAUGUAAUUUAAAAUAUUAAAUGAGCAGAAACACAUAAGAAGAGAAACUAGUGAUACAGAAGUUACUUGGUUAUAUAUAUAACGAACGUUAAAAUAUGUUGAAACAAAUUCGGAGAACAAAUGUUAUUAACAAAUUUUAGCGAUGGAGCAUCCUUGUCCUCACUGCAACAAGACGUUUAGCAGUGAAUUUGCAAGAAAACGUCAUUUGGACAUACAUUCAAACAAAGUGAAAUUGAAAUGUAAUUUUUGUGGAAAAGAAGUAAAUCGAAAAGACAAUUUCGAACGUCAUUUGAAGAGAUGUGAGAAGAGUAAAACGUGUUCCCAUUGCGAGAAAUGUUUCAAAACUUCCAUUCAACGACGUAUCCAUAUACUUAAAGAACACAGGGAUAAGUUGUUGAAGUGUGAAAGGUGCAAAAAAGAAUACUUGUGUGAAAAGACUCUUCAGCAACAUCUAGGAAGAUGCAAGAAAUAUCAAGAUAUUUUAGCAGCUAGUUAUAGAUCUGAUGAAAUUCAACAUGAGAAUAAUCAAGAUCUUCCGGGACCUAGUAAGAGAUCUGAUGAAACUCAACAUGAGAGUUAUCAAGAUAUUCCGGGACCUAGUAACAGAUCUGAUGAAAUGCAGAAUGAGGAACCCGUUGAGAGAUAUACAUGUAGAACUUGUCAUCUCAGAUUUGAUUCGCGUCGUAAUCUCUUUGUUCAUCAGAUGAACGAACAUUUUCAAGUGGGAGAGGGACAGUUGCAGGCCAGACCAUGGGGAAAUGGAUCCCCUCCUUGGGAAGAAGGUGGGAUAGUCGACCACAACCUAAAAGAAGUUUAUGAAACGAAUGCCCCAAUUAUAUUACGACGUCAUCAACAGGGGACUGUUUUGUAUGACUUUGAGUCCAUGCUGGUUCCCAUGAACACAGAAAGUUCUGGUUCUCAGCAAUAUACAGACACCCAUGUACCUAUCUCUGUUAGUAUAUGUUCUAACGUAGAUGAGUACACCAAACCACAUUGUAUCAUUGAACCAGAUAUCAACACACUAGUGAAGAACAUGGUUCAGUGCAUGACAAUGAUAGCUAAUAGGGCUGCUGAACAAGCAAAAGAAAAAUUUGCCUACGUGUUCGAGGCACUCGAUAGCUCUGUGUUUGAUGAAAAUAUGGAUGAGAACAUGGCCGAGUAA